CGCAACAGUAAGUCUGAUAUAAAAAUGAAGACAAAUAUACUCUGGCACAAGAAAACAGAACAAUGCGAGUAAUAUUUGUCUUGAGAAAGUAAAGGACUGAACCCUGAAAUGCCCUUAUCGCACGUGCACGUGACGUAACUGGUUCACUCGCACGUGAGCGAAAGGAAAAAUAAAAGGCCACUCAAGAGCUGUGAAUAUCAUUUAAAUCGAAAUGGCAAGUCCAGACGCGUUCAAAGUUGGCUCUUUAAAGGGCAAAGUGACGCUGAUCACGGGCGCCAGCUCGGGGAUAGGAGCGGGCGCGGCGGCGCUGUUCUCCAGGCUGGGCGCUCACCUGGCGCUCAAUGGACGCGACGUGGACAACCUCGCCAAAGUCGCCAAAGAGUGCGAGGCGCGGGGGGCAGUUAAACCCCUGUUAGUGCCGGGAGACUUGACAGAUGAAGACACCGUGAGGAGGACGGUGGAAGAGGUCAUCGCUCACUUUGGGAAGCUGGAUGUCCUCGUCAACAGUGCAGGAAUCCUUGCCAUGGGCAGUAUAGAGACAACAGACAUGGCCCAGUAUGACAAGGUCAUGUCUGUCAAUGUCAGAUCGGUGUAUCAUCUCACUCAUCUCUGUGUGCCUCAUCUCAUCAAAACAAAAGGCUCGAUUGUGAAUGUGUCCAGCGUGAAUGGGCAACGAUCAUUUCCUGGUGUACUGGCCUACUGCAUGUCCAAAUCAGCCAUCGACCAGUUCACACGCUGCGUUGCUCUUGAGUUGGCAUCAAAGCAAGUGCGUGUCAACUCAGUUUGCCCAGGAGUAAUUAUUACCGAAGUUCUCAAGCGUGCGGGACUUGACGAGGACCAGUAUGCUCAGUUCCUUGAGAAGUGCAAGGUGACCCAUGCUCUCGGCAGACCAGGUGAAGUAGACGAAGUAGCUCAUGCUAUCGCUUUCCUGGCAUCUGAUGCGGCAACAUUUAUAACAGGUGUCAAUCUUCCAGUGGACGGAGGUCGACAUGCUAUGUGUCCACGGUAAUGAUUCGCUGCCACGAUAACGGCUGCCAGAAGCAAAGAAAUAAACCAAGUUGGAAUCGAUCUAAACGUUGAAAUUCUUAACGUAUCGAACGUAUGUUGAUUUGAUGUGAUCUUUUAUUUUUACAUAGCAUGAUGAACAUUAACAGAAAGAAGUGCACAUUUCAUGCAGUAGCUGAAAUUAUUUAUUAGCGAGUCAGCGGUUUUCUCCGGAGUCUGGCAUGUUUACGCUGAUGGAAACGCGGAAGCGUUUAUUACCAAGAGUUGCGCUUACGCAGUAGUGUUCAAAUGAGGAAGUUAUACACUAGCAUUCAAAACUAAGAUGUGGUCUGAUUAGAUCUAUUUUUAAAAAGAUAUGACAAGAAAUGAUGCCACAGCAGCAUUCGAAAUCAAUGUAAUGCGUCUCCUCUGACCUGCAAUAUAAAAAAAAAAAAAAACGACAUUAAACCUGAUUUUGACUGUACAUUUACUUAUAAGUCGUCACUUCAUUUAGUUCUUGUAGUUUAGUGUAUUCAUUUACAGCAGUGGUUCUCAACCUUCUUGACUGCGUACCUCUGGUACUUCUUUCUUUAAAAAUAAAUAAACUCAAUAAUGAGUUAG